AUGGACGAAUCAAAGCCCGUUUACUCGGCUUCGAAGCUCGGUGAAUACACCGUCACGGGGGACAUCGCGGAAGGAACGUUUGGAAAGGUCAAAAUGGCGAUACACACUAUCACGGGACAAAGAGUCGCCAUGAAGUAUAUCUCCAAGGCAGUGAUCCAUAUGACCAAGACCAAAACACGCGUUCAACGGGAGGUAGAGUACAUGCGGACACUACGGCAUCCGCAUAUUAUCAAGCUAUACGAGGUUAUAUCCACCCCGACAGAUAUCAUAAUUGUACUUGAAUAUGCCGGUGGAGAGCUAUUCAAUUACAUCGUCGCAAACGGUCGGAUGCCGGAAGCGCGAGCACGUCGAUUCUUCCAGCAAAUCAUAUCCGGUAUCGAGUAUAGCCACAAAUUGAAGAUUGUACACCGGGAUUUGAAACCCGAGAACGUUCUACUGGACGACGACUUGAACGUCAAAAUCGCAGAUUUUGGGCUUUCGAACGAGAUAAAGGAUGGAGAUUUCCUGAAGACGAGCUGUGGAAGUCCGAACUAUGCUGCUCCGGAGGUGAUCCGAGGAGGCUUGUACACCGGUCCUGAGAUUGAUGUCUGGAGCUGUGGGGUCAUCCUUUAUGUCAUGCUCUGCGGGAGGCUGCCCUUUGAGGAUGAGGAUGUCCAAACUUUGUUCACCAAAAUCAGCCAGGGGAGUUACCAUAUACCUUCUUAUCUUAGUCCGGAUGCGCGUGGGUUAAUUAAUUCCAUGCUUGCUGUGGACCCAGUAAAGCGGAUUACCGUUCCCGAAAUAACACAACAUCCCUUUUAUACGACUGAUCUUCCGCGGUACCUCACCCCUCUUCCUCCGCCUCCUGGACCUGUAUUGGGCACCCUCUCGUCGCUCGUCGUUCAACCCAAGGCACUGGACUUCGAAAUCAUCGAGGGUCUGGGUAGGAUUGAGGAGGAUGUCGUUGAACACCUUGCGAACACGAUGGAAGGGGUGGACAAGGAAGAUAUAUGGGAGUGUUUGCGGAGAGACGAUGGUCCGCAAGGAAACGCCGUCAAGGUAGCGUAUAUGUUGCUACGUGAUAAGCGCAGACUUGGAAGAGAUUUGGCGUCAUUCGAGGAACAAGAAAGAGAUGCAAAACUUGCUGCUAUGGACCCGCGAAAUACUAUGUCGCCUGCCGCUCUGUCACCUGCCACUGACCUGGAAGAUAACCCUUUUGAAGCUGAAUUUAACGGUGAUUCCGACGAUGACGACCGAGACGACGGCCUUGACUUCUCCACGCCUUCCGUGAACGGCGAAUGCAACAACUUUGCUGUCCUCAAUUCGUCCCUUCCUCUUCCGGAUCAACUACCUGAACAACAUCACCUCGCAUCAUACGCAAAUGCCAAACGCACGUGGCCGGUUAAAGAGAAAAAGCAACAUCGUGCAAAAUGGCACUUCGGCAUUCGCAGCCGGUCGCCACCUAUGGAGGUUAUGCUCGAAAUAUACCGGACGCUGAAGACGCUCGGUAUGGAGUGGAAGGAAAAACGAAACCUUGGUGGUUUGGGAGGAGUGCGACGACAACGAUCUGGUACGAAUGCGACGCAAUUUGAUGGGAACGCACCUGUGGAUCUGAGAGCGGCCUCGAGUGUCUAUUUCGUUGAGACGCGUGCACGGGUACAAGAUGUGGUGGUUCUCAUGAAUCUACAAUUAUACAUGGUCGACUCGAUAAAUUACCUCGUCGAUUUCCACCACAAAAAGACCUACAAAGCGUCUUCAGAAUCAGGCGCCGGAAAAUUCGAUAUGGCGAAUCCGGAUACCGUCAUUCCUGAUUCGAGCUCGGACGGGCGAUCCAUCAAGGACAAAGAUCCGCUCGCAAUCAAGGAGGACGAGGUCGUAUCACCGUUUGUGUUCAUGGACGUAGCGUGCCGACUCAUCCUCGAACUCGCCGGUGGUGGCGAGUAG